UAGAUUUGAUUAAUCAGCUUGGAAUACCCUGUUCCUGCUGACACUGUGGUUUUACCUCCCCACAAUUCCAAGAACAUUAAGCAGGGACGUCUUGGAAGCUUACUGGGCUCCUACUUUGAGCUAGACGAGGCUAACCCCCGAGUUGGAGCAUGGCUGCAGCCCUGGACCCUCAGAUCGACGCGCCCCUGGAAGUUGAGGGGUGCCUAAUAAUGAAGGUGGAGAAAGACCCCGAGUGGACAUCAGAGCCCAUUCUGGAAGGAUCAGAUAUUUCUGAAUCUGAGACCUUUCGCAAGUGCUUCAGGCAAUUCUGUUAUGAGGAUGUGACCGGACCCCAUGAAGCUUUCAGUAAACUCUGGGAACUUUGCUGCCGGUGGCUGAAGCCAGAAAUACGUUCCAAGGAGCAGAUACUUGAACUGCUGGUCAUUGAGCAGUUUCUCACCAUUUUACCAGAGAAGAUUCAGGCUUGGGCACAGAAGCAGUGUCCAGAAAGUGGAGAGGAGGCGGUCGCGCUGGUAGUACAUUUAGAGAAAGAGACUGGAAGACGAAGACAGCAGGUCAGCAGUCCUGUACACAGAAAGAAGCAAACCCCAGUUGGAGCAGCGUGGGAGGUGGCAGACUUUCAGCCAGAUCAGAUGGAGACCCAAGCCAGGGUAGUAUCUCGGGAGGAAGCUGGAAGCCUCCACUCAGGACACCAGGAACAGCUGAACCGAAAGAAAGAACAUCAGCCCUUACCCAAGAAUGCUCGACCUUCUCCGUGGGUUCCUGCCCCUGCUGGUGAAUGGAGCACCACAGAUCAAGAAGUGACAGCCACACGACUUCCUUCUGGGUCCCAGAAACCAUUGAAAGAUGUCCACAUGAUGAGAGGUUUUUUCUACAAAAGGAGUGUGCAUCAGAUUCCUGCUCACAGAGACCUCUACCGGGGUAUCAGGAAGGAGAAUGUUGGGAACAUGGUCUCCUUGGGUAGUACAGUGUCUACAUCUAACAAGAUAGCCCAGUUGGAACAAAGAAAGGAGCCAUGGACUCUAGGUCUAUAUUCCUCUAGUAAGAGGAAUAUCAAGGAAAAGUCAAUUCAUGCUAUUCAGAUCCCUGCAAGGAAUGCAGGAAAAACAUGGAGAGAGCAGCAACAAUGGGGUUUAGAAGAUGAAAAAAUAGCAGGUGUGCAUUGGAGCUAUGAGGAAACUAAGACUUUUCUUGCAAUUCUCAAAGAAUCUCGCUUUUAUGAAACACUUCAGGCUUGUCCCCGAAAUAGCCAGGUAUAUGGUGCUGUGGCUGAAUGGUUGCGAGAAUGUGGCUUCCUCCGAACUCCAGAACAGUGUCGGACCAAGUUCAAAAGCCUCCAGAAAAGCUAUCGAAAAGUGAGAAAUGGCCACAUGCUAGAACCCUGCGCCUUCUUUGAGGACAUGGAUGCUUUAUUGAACCCCGCAGCCCAUGCUUCAUCCACUGAUAAGCCAAAAGGGAUGAUAUCUCUGCCCAGACUGAAGAGAAUUGGCGUCACUUCUAAAGAACAGAUCAGUUUGGUGGAGGAGGAGGAAGCGGCAGAAGAUUCUGACGGUGAUGAAAUGGGCGUUGAAUUUGUCCGCAAGUCUGAGAUCCGUGGUGCCCCUGUCUUGUUUCAAAACCUGAGUGGUGUGCACUGGGGCUAUGAAGAAACCAAGACUUUUCUUGAUAUCCUCCGUGAGACUCGGUUUUAUGAAGCACUUCAAGCCUGUCAUCGGAAGAGCAAAUUGUAUGGGGCUGUGGCUGAACAACUUCGAGAGUGCGGCUUCCUGCGGACACCAGAACAGUGCCGAACCAAGUUCAAAAGCCUUCAGAAGAGUUACCGCAAAGUGAAAAAUGGCCACGUGCUAGAGUCCUGUGCAUUCUACAAGGAGAUGGAUGCCCUAAUUAACUCUCGGUCAUCUGCCUCUUCCACCAGCACCCCAGAAGAAGUCUCUUCACCCUUACGGCAAGAAAGAGAGGGUAUUGAGGUUGAACACGAGGAACCUACAGGCUGGGAAGCAGAGGAGACCUCACAGGAGGCAGUAAUAGAAGAUUCUGGCAGCGAGAGAAUGAGCGAGGAGGAAAUUAUACAGGAGCCAGAAUUCCAGGGACCUCCAGAUCCGAAUGAUUUUGAAAUUGGAAGUGGUAUCAAGGAGGAUCCAGUGCAGGUAAUAUAUAAGGAUGUGGAACAGCAUAGGGCAUUAAUAGAAAAGUCCAAAAGAGUUUCCCAGAAUACUGAUCUCGGUAAAUACCGCAAAAGGGAAUGCAUCUCAGGAAGACAAUGGGAAAACCUUCAAGGAAUUAAACAGGGAAAGCUGAUAUCUCAGCCUAGAGACGUAGGGAAAACCGUAGUGCAUCAGAGACUUUUCAUGGGGAAGAGACCCUACAGACUUCUCAAAUACGGAGAAAGCUUUGGAAGGAGUGCUCGUCUUAUGUGCAGGAUGACCCACCAGAGGGAAAAUCCUUAUAAGUGUAGUGUCUGUGGGAAGUGCUUUGGUAGAAGCAGGAGCCUAAUCAGACACCAAAGAAUCCACACAGGAGAAAAACCUUUUAAAUGUCUUGACUGUGGGAAAAGCUUUAAUGACUCCUCAAAUUUUGGUGCCCACCAGAGAAUCCACACAGGAGAGAAACCCUACAGAUGUGGAGAGUGUGGAAAAUGCUUUAGUCAAAGCUCGAGUCUUAUUAUACAUCAGAGAACCCACACUGGCGAGAAGCCCUAUCAGUGUGGAGAAUGUGGGAAAAGCUUUACCAACAGUUCUCAUUUCAGUGCCCACCGGAGAGUCCACACUGGAGAGAAUCCCUACAAAUGUGUGGAUUGUGAAAAAAGUUUCAAUAACUGUACAAGAUUUCGAGAACAUCGGAGAAUACACACUGGAGAGAAGCCCUACGGAUGUGCCCAGUGUGGCAAACGUUUCAGUAAGAGUUCAGUUCUCACCAAACACCGGGAAGUUCACGUGAGAUAAAAGCCUCUGCCACACCCUCCAUCUGUGUAUGCCUCAGAGAACCCACAUAAGGCAAAGACUGAUGAAUUCAGGAAAACUUUUUGAUGAUGAUCUCUUCUCUUCCUAAAUGUCCCUUUAGCCAUUAUACCCUAAUCUCACUCUUGGAAGCAAUCUUUUCUUAGCUAUAAAAUGUAAUUCCCAAGAUUAACUUGAGAAUGUAAAGAAACUAAACACUUUAAUUUCAUCCUGUUCUCACCUCUGCCUCUAACUUGAUCAGUCUGUUCCUCUCCUUUUAUGUAUCUCAACUUCUCCUUUAAUAAAGUGGAGAAGGUAAUUGUCUGAGUUCAGAAUGAAAGUCUCUUCAGUAUGUUGAAGCCACUGUUAUUGGAUUGCUAAGUCCAGCAGCAUUCAAGAUCCUUCCAUGUGGGUGAGUUGUUUUCAAAAAGAUAAAAAUGCUGAAAGUUUUUUUUUUUUUCUUUUUCAUUAUCUACUACAUGAGAUCCUGGAUGCAACUUGAUAACAGAUUUUCACAUUUGGGUAGAACUUCCAGGAGUCUGAUCAGAACUACAUCAAAUCCAUCUUGGUUUUGAAGAUAUUCACAAAAGGAGAGUGAAGAUUUUAUAGCUUUCUUCAGAAGUCUGUUACCGUGUACCUUUUUGUGUCAAGAAGUUGAUCCAAAUAGCUAGGGAAGAAUCCGUGUAUUGUCACUGAAAUCCUAUUACUAAUGUCUUGCCCUCCAUAGAGAUGAGAAGCAAUCGAUCACCCAGCGUCCUUUUCUGUACCCGAAGACUUGAAUCCCCUUGACUUCUGCUUCUCCAGUCUAUAAGUAAUUCCAGUUCCUUUAGCUGUUUCUCACAAGUCCUACACAUACCUCUUAAUUAUUCUGGGUGCUCCUUUCUGACUCUUCUGGACUACCAUGCCCUCUUCAGAUUGAAUGGGAUGCAUGCUCAUGAUGUGUCUCACUAAAGUAAAGUAGAAUUUCAGACACAUUCUAGGUGGACCUUGUAACUUCUCUGGCUCUUACCUAGAACAUGACUGGUAUGUUGACAUAUUUUAUACUUCCCACCCCACACUUCAGUAUAAUACUGUAUGGUUGUGUUUCUAAACUUUAAGGGGGUAUGGAAAAAGUGUGGUAGAGAUCUGAGACAUUUAUUAAUAAUAUUUCUAAGACCAGUUGGACUCCUUAGGCCUGCUUUAUAUCAGAUAGCUACCUCAGUCCAGGCCAACACUUCCAAGGCUGGCUGUGUUAAAUAUACCAGUCUCUCUUUCUGAGGCUUCUAGUCCGUGUUUGUAGGAUUAUAAACCAAAUUGUAGAGCCCUGAGUAGUUUAUACAACUCUGUAGCUCACUGAAUGAAAGUGGAAUUAGUUAUAAAAAUUUAUAAUCCAGACCUCUAUUUUUGUUUUUCUUGUUUACCUGUUUGUCUGCAAAUCUCUUUGAGAGUCCCUUGGCACUAGCCCAGUAAAUACUAGAGGAAAGG